CUGUUUGUUGUGUCGCUUAAGGCUUAAAAACGGUGAUAAGCACAAGUCUGAGUAUAAAAGCAGAAGAUUUACUAGUUCAGUGUGAUUACAUGUUUUUUGUCUAUCUGUUUGCGCGAACAUCAUGGCGUUUAGCUUAAAAAUUAUAGUUCUUUCAUUAAUCUUAGCAGCUAAAUAUUCUUCAGCUACUCCAAUACCCGAGAGUAAAUUCGAUUUUAAGGAAUUAGAUACUGAGGAGAAAUUUGUUCAACACAUUAAAAAUAAAUUCAAUCGGGAUGAAUUAACUCCGAAGGAGAUUUUAGCGGUUUUCUUUAUUAGAGAAUAUAAGAAAUUCUUUAAUUUCUUUUAUACGGAAUCCGUCAGUUUGAGUGAAGCUAUUCUAGCUGACCCUGAAAUUUUGAAUAAUGACUUACCUGCCGUAAAAGAAUUUGCAAAAAACUUAACUGAUUAUCUUGAUAAAACUAAAAAUGUUAAUGGUAUCGAAGACGAAUUGAAUUUAUUGAUACUUUUCGGCAAUUACACAGACAUGUAUGAGACGAAGGAAUUGGAAGAGCCCACCAAGUUAGAUUAUUUGAUAGAAGGAUAUUUGAAUAAACAUGGCAUGGAUAAGUUUAUCGAAGAGUCUAAGCAACGCUUAGAUAAGGCCAUCGUAGAAUUCUUCGUGGAAUUUGAUAAGUUUAAAGCCACCUUAGAUGAAAAGGAUUUGGAAAAAUAUAAAAAAUUUAUUGAAUUUGUUAAUGAGUUAAAAACAAAAGAUUCAAUUGAAAGUCGUUUAGAAUGCUACUCAAAUUUCUUCACGACCGACGAUGACGACGACGGUGAAGACAAAAACUAAUUUAUAAAUAAAUAAUGAAAAAAAAAACUAUAUUAAACUUGGAAUCUAAUUUUAAAAUAUUAGUUACGUAAUAAAAAACAAUCAUCACCGCGACCCUUUAUUGUGUUCAUCAAAACAUGUAUAAUUGUAAUUUGUGUCGGUAUCGAGGCCAUCUCCCAUUAUACCCCCAUUAUAUAUUGACUGCAAGCCUUUGUUUCAAAAGACGCUAAAUCCCACCAUGCAAAGAUUCACCUACAAAGCACUCUAUCUUCCGCUUAUUGAAGCGUUUUCAAUAUAAACCAUGUUUCAGUUUGACUGAAAUGAUUCCAAUUAACUAAUAAAAAUUUUUUUUUGAAAAGUACGGUUAAAUAACUUUGCUUUAAGAUUGACUUCUUUGUCAAUCACGAAAUAGUAAAAAUUACACAUUUUUAACAUAUAAAAAGUU